AGCAUCCAGGCCUUCACUGCAUGUCACGUGAUCUAAAUUUUUGCGCGCGCUGUUUGACUAAACAUUCAUAAAGAUGGCGUCGGUUAGAUCUCCGCUUUCAUCUGAGUCAGAGGGAGAAUUAUUUGAGGUUGAACGUAUUCUUGGCAAAAGAACAAGAAAUGGUAAAGUAGAAUAUCUGGUCCACUGGAAAGGCUUUGGUCCAGAUGAAGACUCUUGGGAGCCAGUGAAAAAUUUACGUGGUUGCCAUUCCAUAAUCAAACAGUUCACUAAAACAAGAUCACCUUCACCAGGGAGAAAAGCGAGGACCUCCAAGAGAAAUAAAGCAGUCCAACAAGUACAAUCAAAAGAAGAAGUUCAGCCAGUUGAUGAAGAUUACACAAAACUAAAAACACCAAAUACAACAGAAUCAUCAGACUACAGGAUACUUCGCAGGAGGAAAGGACCACUUCCUUACAAAAGUGAGGCAAACGAAGAAAAACAGGAAGUUGUCACCACCAAAGUCCAGUCAGUUGAGGAACCAAAUAUCAAGCAAGAAGAAUCUGUUGUUAACAAGAUGCCUAUCAAAAGAUCGCCAGUGAAUGAGGCAACUACAAAAACAAUGAAGGGUAGACAAGAGGUCCUUAAGGUCUUUGCUACUCUACUGGUCUUCACAUUUAUUGUGAUAUUGCUUUUGUCUUUUGUUCGUGAAGUAGGAGAUGGAAAGUCAAAGAAUAAUUCUUAAUUUUUCACUCAUUAUUAGUGUACAUAACAGUGCUUUUAGUAUUUUAAUGUUGAAAUUAUUUUAAUUUUUACGUUAGUAACUAUCAGUGGCAGAUGAAGAUUUGCUCAUUAGAGUGGGCAAGUAGAGAUGCAUUUUUUUCCCUUGAGGUUGUCUGCUUCGAAACUCUUUCCUUAAAACUUUUCCUGUAGAGCUCUAGAGAAUAUCUAUAUACGUGUAUAUGUAACUCACAUUAGAAAAAUAGAAGAAAGUAAUGUUUUCACCAGCUCAUUUUGGAGAUAGACAAAUGACAGCAUUUCUAAAAGUUUUUGGAGGGAGGUGAUAUGAAGAGCAAUUAUUUUGGUUUUAAAAAAUUGAAAUUUGAAGAACCUUAGGCAAAGAUUUCUAAGUGAACUCUGUGCAAAUGAUCCUGCUGAGUAAACGUUUGUUAUGAAUGUUACAGUAUUUGACCUCUUGUCUUUUACAGCCACAUAUUCAGAAAAUUGGAUCUCUUGUGAGUAGCAACAGUGAAAAUAUUACAGUUUUUACUAUCAUAAUUUUUUGUGUGUGACUGGAAGUGUAGAUUAGUGAUAAUUAUAAUCCAUCAAAUACUUUUGUUUGUGUGCGAUUGGUUUAAACGCACCACAUAAUUGAAGAUGGACUGGCUGAAACUGAAACAAUUUUCAAUGCUUCAUGUGUUGCAAAAAAUAGUUGAAGGAUGAUAAAUACAUUAACCUCCACUUGGUGUGAAAAUGUGCUCGUAUAUUUGUCCUUGGACAUUUUCUGUUCCUCAAAGCUUGCAGUUUUCCCGAGCUACACUCUCGAAAAACCAUUCACUUCUUGGAAAAGAUAAUGUCCACGGACAAAUAUGAUCAUAUUUUCACGCCAAAUGGAGACAAUUGUUUGCAUAUAGUGAAUAAUCAUGAAAAAGAAACACAGAGGUCACCAGGUAUCCAGGAUUGUUUAAUCAAUGCAAAGCUUCACUGGAGUUGCCAAACAAUAGGAUACUUGUCUGGUUUCUUGCUCCGCACAAAAACUCUAUUGAUACAUGUACAAUGAUGAAUUACCUGCACAGCAAGGAUGCAGACAAACAUUUCACACGAAAAUUCUUAUUAAAGUGGAAAAAGCAAGCAUGUUGAAUAUUUUUGGAACAAAAAGAGAUCUGCCUUUAGAGAUUUUUAACAUGGUCUUUUAUAGCUGAAGUAAUAUAUUUCUACAUGUUAUUUUUGAUACUGGAAUUUACAUGUAUGUUUGCCAUUCUUAGAAGGAAAGCUUCUAUUGUUUUUAGUUUACUUUUAAGCAAAUCAAUAGGCCGUUGUCUUGAAAGUAAUGAUUUAUCAAUGAUUUCACAUUGAGCAAACGUUUCUACAUACUUGUAAGAUUGUUUAAUAACAUAUUGAUCAAUAAUAUUCAGCAACAGAUUUGAUGAUAAUGAUUUUACUGUUAUUUAAUAUUGAUUGUGUCAGAUAAUCACACACUUCAGGAGAGAAUAACUGUUGAAAUCUGUUGAAAAACCAGUCCAUUGUUGACAAACUUGUAACACAGUGAAAUUUGUAAGUCUGGAUGUACUUAAUGAUUUGAAAUUGGACACAAAUUGGCAAGCAAGUUUGCUGUGAAGCACAAUGUUUUAAUUUCUUUCCAAAUCAAAUUCUUUCCGUUAUCAAAAUUUUAAAAGCAGUCCUUUCACACUGAUGAAAAAAAUGAAAACAUGCAAAUAGCAGUCUAUGCAGCCAGAAUCUGUGAACUCACAGUUUUUGCCGGUUGCUAAGCAACUUGAUGUAACGUUGCCAUGGCAACUACCAGUCUAUCCAAUUGUAUUUAGGGAGUACAAGCUCAGGAUAUUUUUUGAUUGCAAGAUUCAAUCUGAAACUCUUAGUGUUGUUGAAAUGAAAGUUUGUCAGGAGUUUUCAUGUGUGAAUAACUGGACAAACAAGCCUACAGACCAUUUUAUGGUAUGUUCAGUGUACAGAUCAUGGAUACUGUGUAGUACAUCCGAUUAUUUAUCACGACUCGUGCUGAAUCAACGCUUAGCGUCCUCAAGGUGUAAAUUUUACAGUGGAAACCUCGUCUCUGGUUAGCAUUUUAGCAUACGUUUUAGUCCGUUUUGACAAUACGUUGAAAUAAUGUCAUCAUACGUGUUUUGAUGAGAUCUGAGCGUACAGUGAUGUAAAUGUGUUGAUUUUUUUUACUAU